CAUUUCUGUCCUUCUCCCGACUGAUAGAACUUUCUUUGCUUUCUCCUCUCGACACCAUGGCCAGCCUCAACACCCUGCACAACUCUGACAUGCCCCAGGACGGCGAGGGGCGUAUCUACCACCUCGGCUGCAAGCCUGGCGAUGUUUCCCACCGCAUCCUGUCCGUCGGUGACCCGGCUCGCGCCAAGCUCAUCGCCGAGGCCUACCUCGACCCGGCCACCGUCCGGACGGUCUUCUCCAACCGCGGCUUCCACACCUACACCGGGAUGUACAAUGGUGUUGAGCUGAGCAUCAUCUCGAUUGGCAUGGGUCGGCCCAUGAUGGACUUCAUGAUUCGCGAGGCCCGCGCUGUUGUCAACGGCCCGAUGGUCAUCAUCCGUCUGGGUUCGGCUGGGUCGAUUGUCACCGAUGUCGACCCCGGCACCGUGGUUGUCAACUCCGAGGGCAGCUCUCUGGUUUGCCAGGGCGUCGAUGCUGACGGCCAGUUUACCUACUCCUUCUCCCCGCUUGAGAUGCCGCACAAGGGCCUCUCGGAUCUGCUCGUCAAGGAGAUGACCAGCUGCCUGUCCACCGGCUCCGUGAAGCCGGCCUGUGACCUGACCGCCGAUUCGUUCUACUCCUCGCAGGGCCGGCCGUCGGCCAACUUCGCCGAUGCCAACGCCGGGCUGCUGGACAAGAUGGCCGCCGCCUUCCCGAAUGUCGGGUCCCUGCAGAUGGAGACUUACCAGCUCUUCCGCCUGGCCAACAUCUGCCUGCCCGCCGAGGGGGAGGCCAACCGCAUUGACACUUCUGCGGCGGCCAUCAUCCUCUUCAACCGCCUCACCGGCCAGGGCGUCAGCGCCGACCUUCGCCGCCAGCUUGAGCUGGAGGCCGGCCGUGCCUGCCUGCAGGCCCUGGCCAACCACACUUUCUAAAGGUGCAAGUGCGCGUGCGCGUGCGCGUGUACGGGUAUUCAUAAACACAUGUCUACACACACACACACACACACACA